UGCAUAAAUUUCCCGCGCCCCCUCAACUUUGCUCCCAAGUUUUCCCCCAGUUUCCAGGAAGUUCUAGGGUUAGGGUUUUCCUUCGCAAUUCCGACGAGAAAAAUGUUUUCCAGCCAGCUCGACGGCGGAGCCUCUCUCUUCUCCGGCAGCGGUUUCAUGGCGUCCCAGGCCGCCCAAGCCCCGGAUUCUAGCCUCUCCAAGAAUCGCGGUGCGCCGGGGGUAUUCUCAGCGACUGUGAAGCAGAUCAGCGACGCGUAUCACUCAAGCGAUGACAAGUCCAGUUUCGUAAUUGACGGGGUCGAUGCCACCAACUUUAGGCUCCUAGGAAUGGUGUCGAACAAGGUGGAGAGGACUACGGAUGUCACCUUCACCCUCGACGAUGGCACUGGCCGGAUCGACAUCAUCAGAUGGGUGAAUGAAGCUUCAGAUGCAAAUGAAACAGCUAUUCUUCAGAAUGGUAUGUAUGUCAGCGUCAGUGGCAGCCUCAAAGGAUUUCAAGACAAGAAGCGUGCUGUUGCCUUCUCCAUCCGGCCUGUCACUGACUAUAAUGAGAUUGCAUUCCACUUCAUUCAAUGUAUUCAUAUUCAUCUAGAGAACACCAGAAUGAAGGUUGGAGGUCCUACCCAAACCCAGGCAAAUCCAGUCAUGGGAACCUCUUUUGUGACUGGACCAAAAGAACCUCAAACUCCUGCCAAUCAAAUAUCAGGGCCCAAAAUCAUGAAUGGAUCAGAGAAGGACAUCUACAAAUUGGUCUUGAAUGUUUUCCAGGAACCUGCGAGCCUUGCUAGCGAACAUGGAUUGCACAUGGAUGAAGUUGCCAGGCGACUGGGGAUACCAAUCAAUCAGAUCAAGGAAGCUAUUGAUUACCAUGUUGAUGUCGGCCAUAUUUACUCUACGAUUGAUGACUACCACUUCAAGUCUGCAUUCACCGACUAAGACCUUAUUAAUCUCCAUGUUCAUGAUGCGGUGCAACGAAAGAUUUUAUUGUAAGAAAGUAUCCCUUCUUUUGCUAGCCAGUGAACUUGAUGCUUCAGCUAUCUUCCAUAAAAAUUCUGUUGUUGCAGUUGAAUUAUAGAACUUCUUAAGAAUAUAUAGAUAUUGUAAAUCGAAAUGGACUUGAAGUGUUCGUCUGGCACUUUACUUUGCGUUAGGUGUGUGCUUAAUAUUUAAUUCUAUCUCUUGA